AUGGUUCGUCGAAAGAAAACAGACCCUAGUAAACAAGGAAAAUGGUCAGCGGAUGCCAUGAUUCGAGCAAUCGCUGCGAUCAAAAGUCGAAGAAUGAGUAUAAGAAAAGCUGCUAAAAGCCAUGGUAUUCCCAAAUCAACACUAGAAAGAAGAGUGAACGGGAAAGUUCAGAUAGAUGCUCCUCCAACAAGACCGCCUGUUUUCACCGAAGAACAAGAGUCACAGCUAGUUGAGUAUAUACUAGAAAUGGAAAAUUGUGGAUUUGGCCUGACUAUUCGUGACAUUUGCAAGCUUGCAUUUGAAUUUGCUAUUAAGUUAGAUGUAAAACACCGUUUCAAUGUAGAUAAACAGGAAGCCGGGUAUGAUUGGUAUGAGGGCUUCAUGCGCCGCCACAAACAAUUGGCGAUAAGGAAGCCAGAAGGCCUAUCUGCAGCACGUGCAAAAAUGCUUAACCAGAACGUUGUAACGGCUUAUUUCAAGUUACUUAGUGGUACAAUAGAAAAAUGUAACUUGCACACAAAAGGUGCACAAAUAUAUAAUGUAGAUGAAACAGGUAUGAAUACAGUACAUCAACCAGCUAAAGUCAUUGGUCAAAAGGGGAAAAAGAACAUCCACAGCAAAACAAGUGGAGAUAGAGGUGAAAAUGUCACUGCUGUUGUGUGUGCAAGUGCAUCUGGGCAUUUUAUUCCUCCCAUGAUUAUUUUUAAAGGGCAGAGACUGAAUAAAGGGUUAGUUUCCAAUGCACCUACCGACACACUGUUUGCCACAAGUAAAUCGUCUUUCAUUGACAGGGACCUAUUUCAGGACUGGUUUGAGAACCACGUUUUGAAAUACCUUACAUCUACACGUCCGGUACUCCUCAUACUUGACGGUCAUACUUCUCAUAUUGGUCUCCGAACUCUUACUCUAGCGAAGGAAAACAAAAUUGAGAUACUUUGUCUGCCAUCACAUACAACAAGCGAGUUACAACCACUUGAUAAGUGUAUCUUUAAACCGCUCAAAGUAGAAUACAACAAGGCCUGCAUGCAGUUCUUAAAGGAAAAUCCCGGACAGAUAGUUACAAGGUACGACUUCUGCGGUCUAUUCAAAAAGGCGUACUAUAAGGUGUGCACGAUGAAUAAUGCAGCAAGUGCGUUUCGUGCUACAGGAAUACACCCUCUGAAUCCAUCUGUUAUACAUCCUGAUGUAUAUGGCCCAUCUAUGACAUCACAGUUAUUAACUGAGCAAAACGAAGCUAGUGGACAGGGUUUAGAUACUGUAUCGAAUAUGAAUGAGUCAGCAACUGAAAUGCAUGGAAAUGGAAAUACCAAUUCCAACGCUACUCCUGAAAAUGCAAAUGUACCAUCCACAUCAAACUCUACUGUAGACAGAUCACCACGAAAAGGACCACUGCAAGAUUUAUUUAAGGUACCAAAGGUGUACAAACGUGUUAGCAACGGCACUAUCAAAAAGAGCAAACGGAUAACUUCUGCCCGAUGUCUGACAGUAACAGAGGUUAUUGAAGAAUUGGAAGCAAAAGAAAGGGAAAAGGAACAAAAACAAAUAGACAAAGAAAAUAGACUAAAACAACGUGAACUAAAGAAACAAAACAAAUCAAAUACCAAAGGCAAAUCAAAAGCAGAAAAAUGUUCAACUAACACUUUAAAUAAAGAAACAAAAGCAGAUCAAACAGACUCUUCCGAGAACUACUGCACUUACUGUGCAGGCUACUAUUUUGAUGACGACUCCGAUGAUGAAGACUGGAUAAAAUGUCAGCAGAAAGGAUGCAACUCAUGGUACCACGAGUCAUGCACUGGAAUGUUUGGCAAAUCCUUGUCUGAAUUCUUUUGUGAAAAACACAUAUAA